AGUACCUUGGGAAUUACUUGACGUUUAUUUUAGUUAGGUCCAACGCAAAAACGAAUAGAAAAUAAACAAUAUUUUCAUUUACAUAUUGAAGAAAUAUAAUGAUCGGUACAAAUUUUGGUAUAUAUCGCCCCAACUCUUCGAGCUCAGGUGUGUCCGCUGCGCCCGAGGAAAGAGCCGCUGUUCAACAGUUGAGCGAUUUCAUGCUACAACUGGAGGAUUACGUGCCCACUGUCCCAGAUGCAGUGACUGCGCAUUUCUUAAAUUCUGCUGGUUUCGAAUCAAAUGACCCUCGUAUAGUACGCCUUAUAUCAGUGGCCACACAAAAAUUUAUUUCUGAUGUUGCCAAUGAUGCGCUACAGCAAUGCAAAACUAGAUGCAAUACCCAAAGUAAUCUACCUGGUACACACACACCGGGUCAAAAACCUACAAAAGAUCGCAAAUACACAUUGACUAUGGAGGAUUUAGCACCUGCACUCGCUGACUACGGCAUAACAGUUCGCAAAGCACAAUAUUUUCCAUGAAUAUAGCUAUGAAAAGGCAAAAUU